UCAAAACCGAUAAUUCGAUUAAAAUUUUGAUUCUUAAUUCAUUUCAGAAAUCAUUCCGUACCUAAAUAAAAUCAUGUGUAGUAAGUACUAACUACUGUAAAGUAAUAAGAAACUGAAUAGAUUCUCCAUGAAUCGCGCUAUCUCUUUGAACAAUAUUUUUCAUUAAAAUUAGUUUUGUUAUUGCUGUAAUUUUUGUUUUCUAAACUGUUCAAUUCAUUACUGUAAAAAAAGUAUUUAAAAACUAACAAACAUGAGUCAAUCACGUCUUGCAUCAUGUAUACCAUUGCCUAUAGAUAAUAAAAUACUUAUAAGUGUUGUUGAAAAGGCAAAAGAUUGGGCUCUAAUGCAUGGUGUCGGGAUGAGGGAUAAAAAACAUUUUUCAAAGGAUUCGAUACAGAUUGCUCCCUUUGUUUUGCUACCAUCCCCCUUUCCUCGCACAGAAUUCACAAAAGCUAUUGAUUUGCAGCCAGUUUUGAAUGAACUUAUGCAUAAAGUGGCACAUGAUGAUGAAUUCCUUGAGAAAACACUCCAGAAUGCCCUACAAGUGGAUGAUUUUACAGCUAAGCUUUAUGAUGUUUGGUUAAAAGUUCGUGAAGAGGGAAUAGCACAGCCGAUAUCAUUAGGCAUGCUGCGUUCGGACAUCAUGCUGGAGUCGCGUUGUCCGCACACGGAGAGCCAAUGCGCGAAACACACGCCAUACUGCUCGUGGAAGCAAGUGGAAAUCAACAGCAUUGCGUCCGGGUUUGGCCAUCUUGGGCCAUCGCUCAGCCUCGGCCUGUUCCGUUCGGAUUAUCUGAUGCAGCAGCCGGACAGCAAUCGGAUAAAACAAGUGGAAUUUAACACGGUCGCGGCGAGUUUUGGCGCCAUCACGUCAAACCUGCCCGCCAUGUAUCGUUAUGUCUUGAGGCAGUUAGGCCAUGGGGAGCUCAUUAAAAAUAUGCCCGAAAACCGUGCGCUCUCCGGGCUAUGUUCAGGCAUCAUAGAGGCGUACGAUCUCUUCGCGGUCCCAUCAGCGGUUGUCAUAUUCGUCGUGGAGGAGGUCUCUUACAAUAUAUGCGACCAGAGGUUCCACGAAUUUGAGAUAUCGGAGAAACGGCCCGACAUUAUGAUUUAUAGGAAAACGUUGGGCGAAAUAUAUGAAGAGACUGAAUUGAAUGAUAAAAAGCAACUUAUUUUAGAUGGCCAGCCAGUGGCGGUAGUUUACUACAGGUCGGGGUACGAGCCAGAUCAGUAUCCUUCCACUAAGGAGUGGGACGCCAGACUGCGCGUGGAAAGAUCCUCAGCGAUAAAAUGCCCCUCCAUCCACUACCAACUGGCGGGCACUAAGAAGGUGCAGCAAGCUCUGGCCGCGCCCGGCGUGCUUGAAACAUUCAUGUCAGAAGGUGCGAUGACGUCACGAGUGCGGGAUAUAUUCACGGGCCUGUACUCGCUUGACUUCGACGAUAAUGGGGAAAGGGCCGUGGAAAUGGCGCUCGCUGAUGCUGAGAAGUUCGUCUUAAAACCGCAACGCGAAGGUGGCGGUAACAACUUGUAUGGAGCUGAUGUAAAAGAAGCGUUGUUACGGAUGAGGCACAGUAGAGAGAGGGCUGCUUAUAUACUUAUGGAGAGAAUAUUACCGCCUUUGGUAUCUGGGUACGUAGUGCGUCCAGGUGCAACCGUGCCGCCGCCUUUGAGUGAUUUGGUGUCAGAAUUGGGCAUUUUCGGCGUCAUCAUUGGGAACAAAGAUAAGAUAUAUUGCAACCGUCAAGUUGGUCACAUGUUGCGAACUAAACUAGCGGACGCGAACGAAGGGGGCGUGGCCGCGGGACUCGGCGCUUUGGAUUCACCAUAUUUACUUGAUUUAUAAUAAAACAUGAUAUUAUAUUCAAUAAUUUUCUGCUUUUUUCUUUUAUAUAUUUAUAAAAAAAAAAAUAUGAUGUUUAUAUGGGUGUAUGUGGGAAUUGCAUUUCAUUGAUAUUUCUUAUUCAAUAAAAAAUGAUUUUACUAUGUUCAAAAUGUUAUUGCAUUGAACUAUGUAUAAAUAGUAUUUUUUAUGUUGUAUAAAAUAUGAGGUUGGUAUUUGGGACAAUAUAAGACGCAUUUUUCGAGGCCAUUUUUUCUAAUAAUAGAGGAAACAUAAUGUAACCAAAAAUAUGCGUCUAUAUUUUUUUAUUAUUCAAGUCACUUUAAUUGCAAUAGCUGUCCUAAAAGAGUUGCGUACGUAAGUACGUAUGUGCGCGUUUUAUUUAUAAAGAACUAGCUUACCGCCCGCGGCUUCGCACGCUAAAACCUAUUGAAUUAUAUAUGUACUAAAACCUUCCUCUUGAAUCACUCUAUCUAUUAAAAAAACCGCAUCAAAAUCCGU